AUGGAGUUAGCCUUACUAUUUAACAGGGGUCUACCGUCGUUCCUCACAGACGACCAAUUCCUAGCGACCGUCAACUCGUCAAGAGGAACACAGAGCCUGAUAACAGCCGGUAGUAUCGGGCGGGUCGUGUUCCACUGGAGUCAGGAUGUUAUUAAGGGGAACAGACGCUCGAUACACCUGGAACAAUGGGGUCUGGUUUAUAGGGAACAGAAAAUGCUUUUGUUAAGGACAGCUGUUGCUAUUACUGUUCAUCUCUCGCUACCCCAGGGUAGGCCAGCAGCCCGGGCGGGAUCGAUCCCCCGCGGGUCGUAUCCUUGGCCCGGUCGCCCGGCCCGGUCGUGUCCCGGCCUACUCCGGGUCACGGCGCCUCCUCGACACACAUUCUUCAUCAUCCUGGACUAA